GUCAGUUUCUCGAAUUCCCAAUUUGUCUUUUUUAGGGCAAUCAUUCAUUCAAUUCUGUGUACAACAAUCGAGAAGUCAAAAUCAAAUUUGACCAGAAAAGAGAGACAGAGAGAGUGAUCGAUCUUUUGGUUCAAUCGAUCUCUUUCUCUUGUAGUCUCUCAAAGUCGCUAUGGGUUUAUGGGAAGCUUUUCUCAAUUGGCUUCGAAGCCUCUUUUUCAAGCAAGAAAUGGAGCUCUCUUUAAUAGGUCUCCAAAACGCUGGAAAAACAUCACUUGUUAACGUUGUCGCUACUGGUGGAUAUAGUGAAGAUAUGAUCCCUACAGUGGGAUUUAAUAUGCGAAAAGUAACUAAAGGAAAUGUAACAAUAAAACUAUGGGAUCUUGGUGGACAACCAAGAUUUCGUAGUAUGUGGGAGAGAUAUUGUCGUGCAGUUUCUGCCAUUGUGUAUGUUGUUGAUGCAGCGGAUCCUGAUAACUUGAACAUAUCAAAGAGCGAACUUCAUGAUUUAUUAAGCAAGUCGUCGUUAAAUGGAAUCCCUUUGCUUGUGUUGGGAAACAAGAUUGAUAAAGAUGGUGCUUUAUCUAAGCAAGCUUUGACUGAUCAAAUGGAUUUGAAAUCUAUAACGGAUAGAGAAGUAUGUUGCUAUAUGAUUUCGUGCAAGAAUUCGACAAACAUUGAUUCGGUUAUUGAUUGGCUAAUCAAGCAUUCCAAAUCCAAAACUUAAAAGUUUUAUAUGAGUAACAAAAUAGUUCUUGUGUCUUGUUUCUUGUUCUUGAGUUGGAGUUUGAUAAUCUUGAUAUGAAAAACAAAUGGAAAUUUCGAGUUACUUGUGUGUUGUAUGUUUUAGGUGAUUGUUUUGUGAAAGUUUUCUAUUGAUUAAUGUAUAGAUAAUAGGAGCUUGUUAAAUUUGUGGGCUAUGCUUUCGUGGAUCCCUAUAUUUUAGGGGUGUUUUGAUCGGAUGGAUUGCAAUGGUAAAUGAAUGGAAUGGAACGAUAAAUGAAUGGAAUGAAAUGAUUAAGGUAAUUGAAGAAACAAGGAAAUGAAAUGAG